GAUCCAUAGAAGUGGAAACUGUCCGUCUUGCCUGCACUAAUUUCACUCCACCCCUCACUACAUCCGCCUUCUCGCCUACUGUCGUCUGAAUUCCAGGCAAGGCACGUUUCAAACGAGGCUUACUUUAGUGAAUCAGGGUUUAAUCUUACCGGCCCUAAGAUAAAGAAGUUUCAAACCUAUUUGACAAUACCAAAACGUCCUGCUCCAUUGGUAUUUUCAUGAUUUGAUGCUUACUGAAGAUGGGCGCAAAAUGAGUCUUGAAGGUGUUUUAAAAACCAAACUGCUUCAGCAGGAGUGCCACUUUACUUGGUCUCUAAGAGAAGAAGACUUUGUUCUCUGUGAUUUACUGAAUCGUCUGGAGGAACAGAUUCAGUUGGAAUCUAGAGAGCCAAGAGUAACACGAGCUUACAGCAGCUUUGGAUUUGUUCAGUAUCUCUAUGGCAAUCAGCAAGAAGCUCUCGCAAAUCUGCAGAAAUCAGUGCAGCUCGCAGAGGAAUACUACAGAGACAGUGAUGAAGCUCUUAUUGUUACCUAUGGAGACCUUGCCUGGUUGCAUUAUCAUAUGAAUGAUUUUUCUACAUGUCAGGAGUACUUGAGACAGUUAGAGAGGAUCCACACAAAAUUUUCUGAAGGAUUCACUCAUACUGUUGAGGUACUCAGGGAAAAGGGUUGGGUUUUUCUUAAAUUCUCUCACAAAUACUACAAUGCGGCAAGGGAAUGCUUUAGACAGGCCCUUGAAAUGAACCCUGAUGACAGUGAUUUAAAUACAGGCUAUGCUAUCGCCCUGUACCGCACGACCAAUGAGACCUCUGACCCUUCAGACUCGCCAACAAUAAAACAGCUCAGAAGAGCUAUACAGCUAAAUCCAGAUGAGGCUGUUCUAUUAGUGUUGCUAGCUCUGAGAAUGCUGCAUAACAGAGAUGAUGGAAAGAUGCUCGAUGCUGCAUUGCAGAUGGUGAUUAUGGCACUGCUGAAGUCCCCUGAAAACCCACAUGUCUUUAGAUACACAGCAAAAUUUUGCCGCCAAUUAGGAAACAUGGACCCUGCCAUUGCUCUACUGGAAAAAGCCCUGAUUUCUACUCCAAGCUCAGCCUUUAUACACCAUCAGUUGGCUAUGUGUUACAAAAGCAAAAAAAUAUUCCUGGAAAUGAACUAUAGGACACAUGGUAAAAAAGAGUCAUAUGAAAUACAGCAAUACCUGCAAAAGUGCAUCUAUCACCUGGAGAAGGCGGUUUCCCUAAAGCCCACUUUCAUUUAUGCCAUGGCAGAUUUAGCAGUGCAUUAUGGACAACUUGGUACAACUAGGUACUUCAAAGCUGAAAGACUGUUUGAAGAAGCAUUUAAAAUUGCUAAUGAAAAGCAAGACCUGCAGGCAGUUCAUUGUUUUUAUGGCCAAUACCAGCUCUACAGCAAAAGAUCUGAACAACUGGCCAUCUAUCAUUUCAUGGAAGGUCUGAGGUUGCAGCCAAAAUCAGAGCAAGGCAAAUUGUGUGAGAAGAACCUGAACAAGGUGAUUGAAAGGGUGAAAAACCCAAAUAACAGCGAGGUAUGUGCUAUACAAGGAUUCAUUCAUGAAGUGAAGGGUGAAAAUCUCAAGGCUGAAGAGUUUUAUGAGAGAGCCCUAAGAAAUGGGCUUGAUUUAGGUGAAAGCUGUCUUCUUAGAAAGAUGAGGAUUUGGCUCAUGAGUUUCAGUGAAACAGUAAAAUCUGUUUUAAGCCUGAUUUUUGAUGGAGGAAGUUAUAAUGAAAUUGGCAGUGGUAGGCUUAAGAGUUUCAAAGGUUCAAUGAACAAGAAGAUGGUGCACUUGGUUGAUAUUGAUAUUUGCAAUGCCAAGAGGAUUCUUAGAUGGGAAAAGCUGACUCCUGGGCCUCAUGCCAUUCUGCUUGCAUUGUGUCUGCAUGAAAGCCAAUUCACAGACCAGACCAAAGAGAUUCUUGAAAAGUUAGAGUUUCUUGGAGAGAAAUUUUGGAAUCACGUCAUUGUAGUAUUUACAGAGGGAGACUGUAGUAUAAAUGAAUAUACUGGAGCUCAGAGAAGCGUAUUAGAGUGGCUUCGUGAAAAAUGUGGACACAAAACCUACAUCUGUGGCUCUGAACCAGAAACUACAGAAAGGAGAGAGCUGUCAAAGAAGAUACAGAGGAUGAUCAGAAGAAAUAAUUCAGUGCAUCUGGUAUUACCAGAAAUUUCAGAUGGCGAUUCUAAGUCCCCUUCAGACAUUUUAAGGAAGCUAGAUGUAAAGGAUUAUUUGUUCACUCCCGAGGUCAUCUUUCAGGAGGGGCAAAGUAAAUACAGGUUACAGAGCAGCCAUGCAGGCUGGUUCCAUUGUGAGUUUACAAAGCUUGGUUUUAACAUGAAGGGUGAAGGAGAGGUGCUGUACAGCACUGUUCUUCAGGACGACGACUGUCCAGUACCUGCCAACCAUUACCAAGCAGGACCCCUGUAUGAUAUCAAAUGUGUUCAGGGUGAGCUGUCCCAACUCAGUCUACCUCACUGUGAGACCUCCAUUGAGGAUGCCUACCACUUCAUGUCAGUUGUACAUUACUCUGAUCAGAUUGUUGACGUUCUGAAACCUCAGAAUAUCACGGAAACACAUGUUACAGUGAGCAUCCCAGGAACAUCAACGUUUUUUAUUUCCAAAAUACAAAACUGGUUUACGGGUCAUUGGUCUAAGACACAUGGCCAAGUGAUGCUGUUCUACUUAAAGGAAACGCAUAGGCUGCAUGUGUUUCUACAACCACGCAAUGUGGAUCCCAGAGAAGUGAGAAAAUGUAAUAAAGAUUAUACACUAAUCCAAUCAGCUUGUGAAUGCAUGCUCACAUAUAAUUGUGAGUACAGCAUGUCCUGUGAUCCUGCUGAGGAACAUGAACUUUCAGAGAGGCCAGUAUCAAUGAUACAACCGUCGUGUCUGGUCUCGUUGUUCGAUGCUGAACUCACCUGACUACCUACCUGUGGAUACUUACCUGAUUAUCCCGUCUCGAACUGUCCAGGCUUCAGUCCUCAGUCUACAGACUCAGAGCAUCUCCCAGCCAUCCCGUUCACCAGUCUUGUCUUCACUCUGUCUGCAACAAAUUACAAAUUAUGGGAUCCAACUCACCAUCUGUCUUCCAGGGCUUCAUGAACGAGGUGUUCCAGGAAUUCCUCCAUCAUUUCGUCAUUGUCUAUAUUGACGACAUCCUCAUAUUUUCCUGGAAUUUCCUUCCUGGGAUUUGCAAAUUUCUACAGGAGAUUCAUCCAUAACUUUGGUACCACUCAGUUCACCACUCACUUCCCUGCUUUGCAAUGGGCCCAGGUCUCUGCUGUCAGCAUUCCACCAACUGAAGACAGCCUUCUGUACAGCUCCUAUCCUGAUCCAUCCAGAUCCAGAACUCUCCUUCAUCAUCAAGGUUGACAACUUUACCAGGGUAAGAGCUGUACUAUCUCAGCGGCAGGGUGAGCCUCCCAGACUCCAUCCAUGCGCCUUCUUCUCUAAGAAACUGUCCCUGGGGGAGCAUAACUAUGAAAUCGGAAAUUGACUGCUGGCUAUCAAACUGGCCUUAGAAAGGCCAGUUUGGGAAGUCUCCCAACUAGCCACCAGUAACAGCUGAAAAUUAGCAAAAGUCCCACGCUGUCUUCCUCAGGGUAAACAUUUGCUACUCCCUGUUCCAAGUCAACCAUGGUCCCACAUAAGUAUCGACUUCCAACUUCUUACGAGUUAGUGUCAGUUUAACAUCUGGAUAUCAUCCACAAUAAAAUGGCUAGACUGAAUGGAAGAUACAGGAAAUCAGGAGAUACCUGCGGUGGUAACGUACCUGUACAAUUCUGUCUUGAACUGUCCAGUCUUCUGUUUUCUUCAGUCUUCAGCAUCAGUGCAUCGUCCAGUCACCCGGUUCGCUAUUCACCUCGACUCACUAUCUGCAACAGAUAAGAGCUGUCACUUCUCUGCUAGUAUCACCCCAUUGAUCUGCUACCCAGUUACUCACCUUGUUUCUCACCUGGUGUUUCAAUAAACUUUGUUUUGAUAUUACCUGUCUUUGCAUUCUUCUGUUCAGUGACACUACCAUACAUAAUAUUAUGAAAAGAUUCUCAGGCAAUCCAGAGAAAUCUCCAUGUAGGGGAAGGCAGGAAACCUCUGUUGAAUGUGUGUGACCUUCAAAUCCUCAGACAGCAUUGCAUGAGAAACUGUCAUGCUGCUGUGUUAAAUAUAGCCACAUGGGCUCUGGAGUACUUUGGAAAAGUGUUGUCACUUAACAACCUGCCGCUGCAUCAAGAAAAGCAAACUGAAUCUCUGUUAUGCAAGGAGAAAGCUAUACAUCAGUUCUUUGCAGAGAUGGUGCAGAGUUCUCUGGGCCCGAGCUCAUCUCAGAUGGUCCAAAAGACAGUGGAAAUGUGUGCUGUGGUCAGAUGAGUCCACGUUUCAGCUUGUUUUUGGAAAAAAACAGACAUUGAGUUCUUAGUAGAUGAAAGAGACCAUCUAGACUUUAAUCAGGUGCAAAAGCCUGUCAUGGUGUGGGGGUGCGUUAGUGCAAACGGCAUGGGUGACUUGCUUAUGUGUGAAGGAAUCAUUGACAUGGAGGUGUAUUUUGGGAUUAUAAAGUGACAUAUAUUAAUAUAUCUCUGUAUAAUCCCAAAUGUCCCAAUGUACUAUAUAAUUUCAGUCGAAGAAAUCGUGGCCUAAUGGUUGGAGAGUCAGACUGGUAACCUGAAGGUUGUGGGUUCAGUUCUCAAUACUGGCAGAAAAUGACUGCCCUCGAGCAAGGCACCUAACCCCCAAUCUCUUUCCGGUCGCCACAGCACUGCUCCGAGUGUGUGUGUGUGUGUGUGUGUGUGUGUGUGUUCACUACUCUCUACUGAUAAUGUGUAUGUACACUAACUUGGAUGGGUUAAAUGCAGAGGACAAAUUCUGAGUAUGGGUUACUGUUACCAUACUUGUCCUUCACAUGUCACUUUCACAUUAAUUUGUUAAACAGUUUCUUGUUAGUUAAUAGAAGUUACUACUAGAAUGUUGUUAAUAUUGUAUAACUCAUUUGUUCUCAUGUAGUUAUUCAUUAAUGACGGAAAAUGUUUCUAAAGUUUUAGUCUUUUUUUUUGGAGUGUGUUGCAGCCAUCAAAAUCAAAAUUUGUGUAUAUUCACAAAAUACAGUUAGGUUGGUCAGUGAAAACAUCUUUUCUUUGUACUUUUGUCAGUUAAAUAAAGGUUCUUGAUUUUAUUGCAUUUUGCAAUAUAUCUAACUUUUCUGGAAAUGGAGUUGUAUUUAGUUUAUCUACCUUUAUGUCUAUCCUUAUCUACCUAAAUGUCUUGAAAUUAUCCAUAGCAUCUAAAACCUCAGUUUUUUAGGUUUUCAGUGUUGUGCUCAGUAUUGUAAUUCAAAAUUACUGAUAUGCAUGUCUAUGCAUGUUUUUCUGCAUUGCUGCAUGGUUCAAAGUAUCAAUAUACUUUAAAUUGAGGCCAGCAGGGGGUGCUCACUGUGUGGUCUGUGUGGGUCCUAACACCCCAUUAUAGUGAUGGGGACACUAUACUGUCAAAAAGCACCUUCCUUCGGAUGAGACGUUAAACCGAGGUCCUGACUCUCUGUGGUCGUUAAAAAUCCCAGGAUGUCCUUCGAAAAGAGUAGGGGUAUAACCCCGACAUCCAGGCUACAUUUGCCCAUUGGCCUCUGUCCAUCAUGGCCUCCUAAUCCUCCCCAUAUAUACUGAUUGGCUUCAUCACUCUGUCUCCUCUCCACCAAUAAGCUGGUGUGUGGUGGGAUUUCUGGCACAAUAUGGCUGCCGUCGCAUCAUCCAUGUGGUGCUGCACAUUGGUGGUGGUUGAGGAGAUUCCCCCUUCCAUAUGUAAAGUGCUUUGAGUACCCAGAAAAGUGCUAUAUAAAUGUAAGGAAUUAUUAUUAUUAUUAUUAUAUCUGCCCAUUCCAAUUAUCACAAGAAUGCCCAAUAAUCUCAGACAACUCAAACCAGCCAUUAUAAUUAAAUCUAACUGCCUUUAAGCCUUUGAACCAAAUUAGUCAGAGAUUAAUUAUGAUUAGAUCUGGAAUAUGUCAUUAAAUGGGUUACGAAGAAUGUUAGAAAUUUAUCCUAAAAAUACUUUCCAGUUUUCUGUACAGCCGUGGCCAAAAGCAGUAUUGGCAGUGACAAAAAUUGUGUUUUGCAAAGUUUGCUGCUUAUUGUUGCAAUUGUGUGUUUAUUGUCGUCACAUUUAAUCAGUCACAGCGUUUAUUCACCCGCUGCUACAGCACAUAGCUGGAUGCCUUUGUCCAUAUAAGGGAUUUUCUGGAACGUCAUAAGUUAGUACUUCUACAAAUCCAUUUUAUACUUUCUGUGAGAGAGUGCCCUCUGGCUUCGAGUAUGAAUGAAACAUAUGUUACACAAGAGUGUUAGUGCUCCAUAAUGUUCAGAUCGUCUCGUUUCGGAUAAGAAUAAAAUGACCGGUCAUACAUGGA